AUGGGCUUCUUGGAGGAGGAGGGCAGCUGGAACCUGUCCUUCUCAGGUGCUGGCUACCUGGGUCUCUACCAUGUGGGUGUGACAGAGUGCCUGCGCCAGCGUGCUCCACGCCUCCUCCAGGGCGCCCGCCGCAUCUAUGGCUCCUCGUCAGGGGCUCUCAACGCUGUCAGCAUCGUCUGUGGCAAGUCGACAGAUUUCUGCUGCACCCACCUCCUGAGCAUGGUCAAGCAGGUGGAGCGGCUGAGCCUGGGCAUCUUCCACCCGGCCUACGCGCCCAUCGAGCACAUCACGCGACAGCUACGCGACCAUCUGCCCCCCGACAGCCACGUCCAGGCCUCCCGGCAGCUGGGCAUCUCCUUAACCCACUGGCCAGACGGCCAGAACCUCAUAGUCACUGACUUCGCCACCCGUGACGAGCUCAUCCAGGCCUUGGUCUGCAGUUUGUACUUCCCUUUCUACUGUGGGACGAUCCCCCCCGAGUUCAGGGGAGAGCGCUACAUCGAUGGGGCCCUGAGCAAUAACCUGCCCUUCGCGGACUGUCCUGCCACCAUCACCGUGUCGCCCUUCAGUGGGACAGUGGACAUCUGUCCCCAGAGCACCUCCGUCAGCAUCCAUGAGCUGAGCGUCUUCAAUGCCAGCUUCCAAAUCUCCUCCAGGAAUUUACUCCUGGGGUUCAGAAGCCUCAUACCCCCCAGCCCUGAGGUGGUGGCCGACAACUGCAGACAAGGCUACCUGGACGCCCUGAGGUUCCUGGAGCGACGCGGACUCACCAAGGAGCCAGUGCUGUGGACACUGGUGGCUAAGGAGGCCCCAGCCCCAGCCCCCGGGGCCCUGGAUGCUGGCCAGGACAGAGCACAGAAGGCAGGGACGGCUCUCGACUGGAAAGUCCCCAACGUGCUGGUCAAGGACGUGCCCGACUUUGAGCAGCUCUCCCCAGAGCUGGAGGCUGCGCUGAGGAAGGCUUGCACCAGAGACCCCAGCGCCUGGGCCCGCUUCUGCCGGUCAGGGCUCGGGUGGACGCUGACGUACCUGCUGCUGCCCUGUACGCUGCCCUUCGAGUACGUCUUCUUCCGGGGCAGAAGGGUGGUGGCCUGGCUGCCUGAUGCGCCAGCGGACUUCUGGUGGCUGCAAGACCUGCUGAAGAGUGUCGCCCUUGGGUUGUGCUCCAUGACGAAGGCCCAGCUCCUCAGGCUGUGCAGAAGACCUCCCCAGUCCUCCCCACCCAUCCUUCCGACCACCCCCAGCUCAGCCACAGCAGGGGCCACGGGCUCCUCCUCAGAGCACAACUCAGGAGAAGAGUGA